AUACUAGAUGCUUCUGGGUCGCAACUUGUAACCCGUCCGCUUCCACAUUCGGGUCAAACAAAAACAAGAAGAUUUGUUGUUGUUUGGGGAAAAGAUAUUCUGGAACUCGCUGUUUAACUAAAACUAGUUUCUUGUUCCACUUCACUUCUCUGGAAAGUUGCACUACCCUUAUCGUCCCCGAAUCCCAGCGCCGCUCGUAGCCCUAAAAGUCAACUUACAUUCCUCAGUCCAAUAUAAUAAAAGCCAAAAAUUGUUUCAAUUUGGGUAUAAAUCUGGUUCAGACCGGUAAGGUAGAUAAGAAUGGCACACACGUGGGUUUCGACAUCGGCGUCAUCUCUUGGGUUGAGUUCUCUCCUUUCCUCUCCAAACACAAACACCAAUCUUGAUUCUCAUACGUUAUCUCUUCCUUUCCAUCCCCUUCGUCCCAGGAAACUGAAGAAGUUAGUUAGCAAUCAAAAGAAUGUGAUGAGUUCUCAGCCAAAGGCUGUUUACACUGGAGAGUUUUGGGCUCCAGAGACAAGCUCUCGACAGGGAAUUUGGUCAAUAAGGGAUGAUUUGGAAGUCCCAUUGUCACCUUACUUCCCUGCAUAUGCACGAGGGCAGGGACCACCUCCAAUGGUGCAAGAGCAAUUGCAGAGUGUUGUUGGCCAACUUCUUAAACAUAGAAUAAUUCGCUGUGGUGGAGGUGUUGAUGAUGAUAUGGCAAACAUUAUCGUAGCUCAGCUUCUCUAUCUUGAUGUUGUUGACCCUCAGAAGGACAUUGUCAUGUAUGUCAAUUCCCCUGGAGGGUCAGUUACAGCUGGUAUGGCCAUAUUUGACACUAUGAGGCAUGUCCGGCCCGAUGUCUCAACUGUGUGUGUUGGACUUGCAGCUAGCAUGGGAGCAUUUCUGCUUAGUGCCGGAACCAAAGGAAAACGGUACAGUUUACGUAGUUCAAGGAUAAUGAUACAUCAGCCUCUUGGUGGAGCUCAAGGAACUGAAACUGAUAUCGAAGUUCAGGCAGAUGAAAUGCUGUAUCAUAAGGCAAACCUAAGCGGGUAUCUUGCUCUCCACACUGGUCAAAGUUUAGAGAAUAUCUACCAGGAUACCGACCGUGAUUUUUUCAUGAGUGCAAAUGAAGCAAAGGAAUAUGGACUAAUUGAUGCCGUCAUCAUGAAUCCUCUCAAAGCUCUUCAGCCACUAGCACCUACAGCUGAUAAUAAUAAAUAGCCUUGUUCAGGAAAACCGCGAGGUAGGCCAACAACGUUGAAAUGCGAAUGAGUUGCAGCUAACGUUUCUCUGUAGUGAGUUGAGGGAGAGGAAAUCAGGUGGAUAGUGGAUAGUGGAUAGUGGAAAGCACAUGCUAAUUAGAUCGUUCUUAGAUGACCCUGAUCUUCAAUCUAUACAAAUAGCCGAGGGAGACGACGAAGAGGAAAGCAAUGCUUGGAAGUUUUUUUCUCACUAAAAUGCAAAGGUGGCUGACCAUAUAACUAACUAGCUAUUCUGAACAACUUGUCAGACGUUAUCAGGUAUAAUUUUUUCAAAGAAAACAAUAAUUAGGAAAUGGUGAAUUUUCCAACUUUGCUGCAACUGGUGAUUAAAGGAAUUUUUAAUGAAUUUAAUUAAUUUAUGUGGUUAUU